UGCCUUCCGGUCUUCUUCAACUUCAUUUCGAAUCGCUCCACUUUGUAUUCAAACGCCGGAUAGACAAGCCCCUGAAUUUUUUGUCGUCGAUGCGAUAAUAUCGCAUUCGUUAUUAGUCGUUCUAUCGCCAAUAGACGCGGGAUCUGCUGCAGUUCCGAGGGCUGAAAAGUUUCCUACGAUUUCCGUCAUUUCCAAAGAAUUAUUACAACGGGAUGUUCAACAGACCGCAGAGUGCGGCUACCAGACAGGAGGCUGAGAUGAUGAACAAGGCCCAACGGGCCAUACACGGAACCACGGACAUCUUGGAGAAGCUGCGUCUGCUCUGCCUGGCCAGGGGUGCCAACGGCAUCCUUGGUUUGGGUAGAUGCUUCCGACGGAUGGACGACGACGGGAACAAACAACUGAGCCUGGAGGAACUCAGUAAUGGAAUUCGGGAAACUGGGCUUGAUUUAUCGGACGCUGAAAUUGCGGAGAUGUUCAAGGCUCUCGAUACCGAUGGAAGCGGCGGGGUCAACGUUACGGAAUUUCUUGUGGUAGUCAGGCCACCCAUGAACGACUCGCGCAAGAAGGUUGUCGAGCAGGCAUUCAAGAAGUUGGACAAAACGGGAGAUGGAAAGAUAACGGUGGAGGACUUGAAGGGUGUUUACAACGUGAAAUCUCACCCACGUUACAUGAGUGGCGAAGAAUCCGAGGAGAGCAUUCUCAACAAGUUUCUUGAGAACUUCGAACAAGACGCUACUAAGAAUGGAGUCGUUACCGAAGAGGAGUUUAUGAAUUACUACAGUGCGAUCAGCGCCAGUAUCGAUCACGAUGCAUACUUCGAUCUAAUGAUGCGUCAAGCGUACAAAUUAUAGAUCCCAUAUAUCUGCAAAACACACAAUCAUUUUAUACACGCACCUGUGAGUUGCUGUAUCAAAUGUUCUAUUCGUUAAUUAUUACAAUAUAUCAGAAGAAAAAAAUACUUUCUCAUAUAAUAAUACCCCGAAGCUAAAUUGUGUUAUUAAUAAUUACCUCCAAAAAGUCUAGACUAACCUGUGAUUACAUACUUACCGGCAUGUUAUUAUUUUUAUUAUUCUACUUGUUUACUGCGUAUAAAGCGUAAUAAAAUAUGUAUUCAUAAUUUA